CAUACCGAGUUUCUGGGCCCGCAAAAUGCCCCUGAACCUGUGACCUCUGACCUCUGUCUGGGACCCAGCCCUACCGGCAGUGUGGGAGGGGACGGGCAAGAGGGGGCUCCGGGAAAAGGGUCUGGUCAUGCUGCAUGUGGCCCGGGGAGUCUGGGGGUCCGGGGUCCGGGUCUGGCCCCUGUUGCCCACGCUCCUCGGGCCUCGCCGCGCCCUGUCGUCACUGGCGGCCAAGAUGGGGGAGUACCGCAAGAUGUGGAACCCCACGGAGCCCCGCGACUGGGCCCAGCAGUACCGUGAGCGCUUCAUCCCCUUCUCCAAGGAGCAACUGCUCCGCCUCCUGAUACAGGAAUUCCACUCCAGUCCGGCAGAGAAGGCGGCUUUGGAGGAGUUCUCGGCUCACGUGGACUUCUGCACCUUGUACCACUACCACCAUGUCCUGGACCAGCUGCAGGCCUUGUACGACCCCAUCAACCCUGACCGGGAGACCCUUGACCAGCCUUUGCUAACGGACCCCCAGCGCCUGUCCAACGAGCAGGAAGUGCUUCGGGCCCUGGAGCCCCUGUUGGAGCAGGCCAACUUCUCGGUGCUCUCCGAGGACGCCCUAGCCUACGCCCUGGCGGUCCACCACCCUCAGGACGAGGUCCAGGUGACAAUAAAUUUGGAUCAGUACAUCUACAUGCAUUUCUGGGCCCUGGGCCAGCGAGUCGGGCAGAUGCCCCGUAAGUCCAGCGUGGGCUCCAAACGCGGCUUCUUCACCAAGUCAGCCCCUGCAGAGAGGAGAUACUUUAAGCGGGUGGUGCUGGCAGCUCGAACGAAGCGAGGGCAUCUGGUCCUGAAGAGCUUUAAGGACACGCCGCUGGAGGGCCUGGAGCAGCUGCUGCCCGAGCUGAAGGUGCGCACGCCGACCCUGCAGCGCGCCCUGCUCAACCUCACGCUGUUUGUCUCAGGUGUGGUGUUCUUUGUCAACGUGGGCAUGGUGGUGCUCUCAGACCUCAAGGUGGCCACUUCUCUGCUGCUGCUGGUCUUCGCUGCCUUCAUGGGCCUGCGGGCCUCCAAGAUGUUCGGGCAGCGGCGCAGCGCGCAGGCACUGGAGCUGGCGCACAUGCUCUACUACCGCAGCACGUCCAACAACUCGGAGCUGCUCAGUGCCCUGGCGCUGCGCGCGCAGGUCGAGCAUGCCAAGGAGGCGCUGCUGGCGCACAGCUUCCUGGCGCGGCGGCCCGAGGGCGCGCACGGCCCGCCAGAAGAGACCUCCCGGUGGCUCCAGUCGGAGGUGGAGAACUGGCUCCUGUCCCAGUCAGGCUGCGACGUGGCCUUCAACGGAGCUCGGGCCCUGGCCCACCUGCAAGUCCUGACCCCCAGCAUCGGGCUGUACCCUCCCCCGGGGUUCCGCAAACUGCCCCCCGUGGCCACGACCACUUCUGAGGCCCCCCAGACUGCACCCAGCCGUGAUAACCCCUGA